AUGGGGAAGACACGUGGUAUGGGAGCUGCUCGUAAGCUGAAGGACCACCGCAGAAGGCAAAGGUGGGCUGACAAGUCAUACAAGAAGUCUCACCUUGGGAAUGAAUGGAAAAAGCCAUUUGCUGGCUCAUCUCAUGCCAAGGGCAUUGUCCUAGAAAAGAUUGGAAUUGAAGCUAAGCAGCCGAACUCUGCCAUUAGAAAAUGUGCUCGUGUUCAGCUGAUCAAAAAUGGGAAGAAGAUUGCAGCUUUUGUGCCCAACGAUGGUUGCUUAAACUACAUUGAGGAAAAUGAUGAGGUGUUGAUUGCUGGAUUUGGUCGGAAGGGGCAUGCCGUGGGAGAUAUUCCUGGAGUCAGAUUCAAGGUUGUGAAGGUAUCUGGCGUGUCUUUGUUGGCGCUCUUUAAGGAGAAAAAGGAAAAGCCAAGGUCUUAA